UUCCCUCAGUGUCUCUCCUCCAGAAGACUCCCUCCUCUCCAGUCACCUGCCAUGCUACAGGUUUCUACCCUGACAGAGCCAUCAUGUUCUGGAGGAAAGAUGGAGAGGAGUUUCAUGAGGACGUGGACCACGGAGAGAUCCUCCCCAACCAUGAUGGAACCUUCCAGAUGAGCGUUGACCUGAAACCAGAUGCAUCUGAAGACUGGAGCAAGUACGACUGUGUGUUUCAGCUCACUGGUGUAGAGGACGACAUCGUCACCAGACUGGACAAAGCAGAGAUCAGGACCAACUGGGAGGAGCCGAGUCACAUGACCCUCCUCAUCGCUGCUCCAGUGGUUGUUCUUGGUGUCGUCUUCAUCGCUGUCAUCACUGGAUUAAUCAUUUACUUUAAGAAGAAGAGAGCCUCACGUCCUCCAUCUUCUGCUGACAACAGCUUGGAGCUCUCUGAAACUGGCUCCGGUGAAAUGUCCGAGGAGGCCGAACCAGAACUGAAUGAAUGUUGAUGCAUCAACAAAACU